AUGCCCGUGGUCAACGUGGACGAUCUUGUUCGCCUGCAGCGGAAGCCUGAGGACAUUCGCAAUAUCUGCAUUCUUGCCCACGUCGAUCAUGGCAAAACCUCAUUGACGGAUAGCCUGAUAGCCACCAAUGGCAUCAUCUCGCCCAAGUUAGCGGGCAAGAUCCGCUACCUAGACUCGAGGCCAGACGAGCAGCUUCGAGGUAUCACGAUGGAGUCCUCGGCCAUAUCGCUGUUUUUCUCGAUGUUGCGUCGUCCUAGCCCAGAGGCCGCGCCUGUGCCGAAGGAGUAUCUGAUCAAUCUGAUUGAUUCUCCCGGCCAUAUUGACUUUAGCAGUGAGGUCUCUACGGCAUCUCGACUGUGCGAUGGUGCAGUUGUGCUGGUUGACGCCGUUGAGGGUGUCUGCAGUCAAACUGUGACUGUGCUGCGUCAAACCUGGGUCGAGCAGCUGAAGCCUAUCCUCGUCAUUAACAAGAUGGACCGGCUGGUGACGGAGCUCAUGAUGAGUCCCAGCGAGGCCUAUUCGCAUCUCAGUAGACUUCUGGAGCAGAUCAAUGCCGUCAUUGGUAGCUUCUACCAGGGUGAGCGCAUGGAGGAGGACCUGCAGUGGCGAGAGCGCAUGGAAGAUCGUGUCAACGCCGCCGCUGCUCGGGACAAAGAUAAGACCAAAACGCAUGCUCUGGAUGACGAAUCGGUCCAAAGUGUCAGCGAAUUCGCCGAGUUUGAGGAGCGUGAUGACGAGGACCUUUACUUCGCACCCGAGAAGAACAACGUCAUCUUCUGCAGCGCGGUCGAUGGCUGGGCCUUUACGAUCAGACAAUUUGCUGCCAUCUACGAGAAGAAACUUGGUAUCAAGCGGACUAUUUUGGAGAAAGUGCUUUGGGGUGAUUUCUACUUGGACCCUAAAACAAAGCGCGUGCUGGGCCAGAAGCAUUUGAAGGGCAGGGCAUUGAAGCCUAUGUUCGUGCAAUUGGUUUUGGACAGCAUUUGGGCUGCAUAUGAAGCCACAACUGGAGGUGGAAAGGGCAAAGGUGACCCUGUUUUGCUGGAGAAGAUCACCAAAUCUUUGAACAUCAACAUUCCUCCUUACGUGCUGCGUUCGCGUGACCCAAAGAACAUCAUGACCACCUUGUUCUCCCAAUGGUUGCCGCUAUCCACUGCCGUCCUCGUUUCUGUCAUCGAAUACCUCCCAAGUCCUGUGUCUGCGCAAGCCGCUCGGUUGCCGGACAUGAUUAAAGCAUCACCUGGCUCAGAUAAAAUCAGCGAAGAGAUCAAACAAGCCAUGGUGAGCUUUAAAACCGGCCCCGAGGAGCCCGUCGUCGCCUACGUUAGCAAGAUGGUCGCUAUCCCUGAAAGCGAAUUGAGCUCUAGCAAGAAACUCGCUGGUGGGACUAUGACUGCAGACGAAGCCAGAGAGAUUGCUCGUCGCAAGAGAGAAGAGAUUGCGAAGAUGCAGGCCGAAGCUGGUGCAGGACAGAGCGAUGACUUCGCGAGAAUGACAUCCGCCUUUGAGAAUACGUCUCUGAUUAUCGAGACUGAUGAGCCCGAAGAGCCGGCGGAGAAGGAAGACCCCGAACAUCUCAUUGGCUUCGCUCGACUGUACUCGGGAACCCUUUCAGUUGGAGACUCGAUCUAUGUGCUGCCACCGAAGUUCUCACCCGCAAAUCCACACGCGAGCCCGGAGCCGAAGAAGGUUACUGUCACCGACUUGUACCUGCUUAUGGGCAGGAGCUUGGAGCCGCUCCAAUCAGUUCCCGCAGGUGUGGUCUUUGGAAUUGGUGGUCUUGCAGGCUAUGUGCUCAAGACUGGUACUCUGUGCAGCCAGCUCGAAGGUAGCAUUAACUUGGCUGGUAUGAUAACCGGCCUGCGUCUCCUUGAGCAGAGUGAUCCAUGCGCACAGUACGAGGUUCUCCCGUCCGGUGAACACGUUAUCUUGACAGCGGGUGAGUUGCACUUGGAGCGCUGCGUCAAGGAUCUACGUGAGCGCUUUGCCCGCUGUGAAAUCCAGACUGGCGAGGCUAUUGUGCCCUACCGUGAAACUAUCGUCGAUGCACCAGACAUGGCUCCGCCCAAGAACCCAGAACUGGGCCGUGGAGCCGUCCUAUCUGUCUCUGCCUCCAAGCAGAUGACCCUCCGCCUGCGCGUAGUGCCAAUGCCUACUGCUGUAACCGACUUCUUGACCAAGCAAGUUGGUACUAUCAAGCGACUCCAGGCUGAGAAGCAUUCUGCUGCCGAAGCAAAGCCAGAUGCAGAGAAUACAGCUGAAGAGAGUGCUCAGCAAAUUGAGGUUACUGGCGCCGACACUGUUGUCGAGGUCGGCGAGGGCAACGUCCUCUCCAUGAAAGAGUUCCGGGAUGAAUUAGACAAAGUGUUCAACGAGGAGGUCAAGGAAGACCAAGAGCUUUGGAAGGAUGUUGUCAACAGAAUCACUGCUUUCGGACCUCGGAGAGUUGGGCCCAAUAUUUUGGUGGACGCUACUGCAGUCAACACCUGCGAUAAAUUCUUGCUUGAGGACCCGAAGCAGAACUCCAUUUCCUCCGAUGAUAUGCAGGCCCUGUUGGUCCGUGACUUCUGCGACAAAAUCGCAUACGCCUUCCAGCUGGCCACGGGCCAGGGUCCUCUCUGCCAGGAGCCCAUGCAAGGCGUCGCUGUAUUCCUGGAAGACCUCUCCGUGGAAGCCAGCUCCAGCGACGAGCUGGACAUGGGCCGCCUGACAGGUGAAUCCAUCAAGCUCGUCCGCGAAGGGAUCUCCCAGGGCUUCCUGGACUGGAGCUCCCGCAUCAUGCUCGCAAUGUACAGUUGCGAAAUCCAAGCCACCACGGAAGUUCUCGGGCGUGUCUACGGCGUGAUAACCCGCCGUCGCGGCCGCAUUCUUACCGAGGUAAUGAAAGAAGGCACACCCUUCUUCACCAUCCUUGCCCUCCUCCCUGUGGCCGAGUCCUUCGGAUUCGCCGAAGAGAUCCGCAAGCGUACCUCCGGCGCGGCGCAGCCGCAGCUCAUCUUCGCGGGCUUCGAGGCCCUCGACCAGGAUCCGUUCUGGGUCCCUGCGACGGAGGAGGAGCUGGAGGAUCUGGGCGAGCUAGCGGACCGUGAGAAUGUGGCGAAGAGGUAUAUGGAUGCCGUGCGGAAUCGGAAGGGGCUUGUUGUGCAGGGGCGGAAGUUGAUUGAUGCGGAGAAGCAGAAGACGUUAAAAAAGUAA